GUAUAUGUAUGACUAAAACUUUAUACGGUACACCAGAAAUUGACACAACAUUGUAAACUGACUAUACUUCAUUUUUAAAAGUGAGGGAAAAAAGAACACUCCUUGCAGUAGACAUGAGCUGCAGUAAUCAUCUCUGACUGCCAUUUGCUAAGUGUUUCAUUGACAAAGUAAAAUCCAUUUCCUUUGUUGGGUUGGUGGAUGAGUGGUGCCAUGUAACCAUUUCUGGCCAAUGGUAUUAAGUGACAUGUGUCAUUUAAGUUCCGAGCAUUUAAUUGUAGACAUGAAAUCCAACAGAGCUCUCUUUCUUCCUGCUCUGCCAUAAAAUUGGAAAUGUCCGAGGUGGCAGUUGCUCAAUCAUCCUAGACCCCUGAGUGAUCAUAAUGCCAGCCCAUAAUGGACAUGGACAAUGAGUGAGAAGUAAAGGUGUGUUACUGUAAGUCAGUGAGAUUGCGGCAAAGUUCAUCACAGUAGCCAAUAGCUUAUCUUGAGUGAUACAGAAAUUAGUGUCAGGAAAGUGGGCGGCUGCUGUAAUAAAAAAAUAAUAAAAACAUGUGGCAUUGGCUUAGACCCAGCAAAGGGUACAAGAAAACUUAUUUGAAGCCAAGAGAAUGGAAAUUAUUGCCUGAGAUACUUUGGGAAGCAGAUAACGUACUUGAUCUUGCGGCUUUAGGGGAAGCAGAACACAGAACAAUAGGAGUGAAUGUCAGGCAAAGUCGGCCCCAAAUUGGGAAGGACCUUGAGAGGCAAAGCCCCUUUAAAACUCAGCUUUUGUCAAGGAUAAAAAUCAAGGCUUAAAUCACGUGUAACCAUGGUUAAAAUCUCUGAAUGAAAUAAGAUACUCCCAGGAAACCCUUAAGAUACUCCAAGAUAGACAAAACAGCUCAGUGAAGUAGGGAUGGUGAAUAUAGCUUCCCAAGGAUGCCUGGCAGAGUCUAAGGUGCCUGCAAUGACACACAGAGAGAGGGAGAGAUGAGGAACAUCUUUGAACAGAACCAGAGAUACGGUCUUUGGCACAUGGGCUUGACUGGAGGCUUGUAAGAACCCUUAGGCCCACACUUUGGGAGACAAAUCAGAAUAAGGAAACUGUUCAUGGGCCACGGAGGGCACAUCUUUCAGUGCUAUAUUAGAUGUAGCCAAGAGGUAUAACGGAAAAGGGGUUAUCUCCCUGGAGAAUGAAGACAUAAGCCACGGUGAACAAAGGUUUGGGAAGCUCCCCACCCCUGAGGAGCUGAUCUGGUGCUAAUGAAGGAAUCCUUCCCAUCUACAAGAUAGGAGGCCCGUGCAGUAUCUUCCCACUGGAUUUUAGAAAUGGUCCAGACCAGUGGUUUCUGUGUGUCUCCCCGACUUCCCCUUUCUGCUGGGCGUCAAGCCAUUUUGCCCCCUUCCCACACUGUAUACUGAGUGUGUGGAGGGCAAAUAAUUUGGCUUUUUGGUGCACUUGUUCUGACUUGGACUCACUCCCAGUGUUCCUACCCGGCUCUCGCAGGCAUUUGCGUUUUCAGCCCCACCACCUACACUGAGCUAUUUAAUGACGUGAACUGAACUGGGCUCCAGGAAGUGCCGUGGAUCAAGGGUGAUUCCACCGCCUGGGGCUGAGGCCUGGGUUCUGUGGGUGACUUCACAAUGCCCAGGGGGGUUCCUGGCCUGCUGUAGUCUCGGGCUACCAUGCUGGCCACCCUGUGGCUGCUUAGCCUUUCUGUCCCCACUUUGUGGGCCCAGGUGUUAAUCAGCUGUGCCUACAAGAGUUUCUGCCAGCGAGGCCUCGUCUCGGGCAAUGAUGUUGUCCUGCAGUGUGACCACCCUGGGGCACGCUGGUACUUCUCUUCCCUGCAGGGCGAGGAUCCUUUGUUGCUGUCCUCAACUCCUGACAUAAAGAAACUGCCCGGGGGCAGCCUCCAGCUGACCAACCCCCAGCCCUCCCAGACAGGCCUCUAUCACUGCCAGGACAACAACAGUGCCCUCGUGGUGGAGUAUGAGGUUGAUUUCCAAGAUGUCACCGCUCUGCAUAUUACCCACAGAGACCUGGGCCAAAAUCCCCUGAAGAAUGAGACCCUGAGUCUGGGUGGCAAGGAGCUCAUCUUCACCCACUGGGAGCCCUGGCAGGACUGUAACCGCUGCGGGGGACCAGGUGAGCGCAAACGCCUGGGGUACUGCUACAUAGAGGAGCCUCUGGAAGCACCCAUGCCCUGCUGGCUCUAUCUGGGGGCAGAGAAGGUGCAGUACAGCCGCAUGCGGCCUGAGCUGCAGGUGGAAGCCUGCCUCACACCCUGCGACCACAUCAAGGAAAUCAACCAGCCAUACUUCGUCUUCGACAUUCCCCAGCUGGGCAAGUUGACCAACACCAUGUGGCUCACUUGCCCCUUGGCCUCCAUCUACAGGUGACUGGACCAGGGCAUCAGCCCUACCUUUGACCCUCCCCCAGGCUUUGUUUCCUGUGCCCUCCUGGGCCACAGGGUUACGUUCCAAUAGAGAAGCAGGGUCUAUCUCCCUGCCUGUAAGCCUUCAAGGUCAGUCUGUGCAGGAAGGGGUUUCUUCACUGGCUUGUUCAGAUAUUCAUUCAGCAAGAAUUCUCUGCUGCCCCCUUCUGAGCCAGACCCCGGGCAGGUGAUGUUGGGGACACUAGUGACCAACAAAGACCCAGUCCCCACCCCCAUAGGCUCCUGAUACUCAAGGGUAGACCAAAUGUAAAACCUAGAGACCAAGACAUUCUAGCCCAUGACCAUGUCAACAUAGACAUUGGUGUGGUUUUUUCCUCCUCACUGGACCCUAUACAAUUCACCUAACCAGCCUUGCACCAGUUUGACAGUCUUGUUAAUUACUAUAACCUUUUAAUAAGUCAUGACAUCUGGUAGUAUAAAUUUCUCAACUUUGGUUUUCAAAAUUGUCUUGGUUAUCCUUGGCCCUUUGUUUAAAAAAAUAAAAAAUUGAGAUCAGCUUAUAGUUUCCAUCUCCCAAAAAACAAUUUUUUAAAAAAUUGGGACUUCAUUAAAUCUAAAGAUAAAUUUGGGUAGAAUCAAUAUAUUACAAUGUGUAGUCUUCCAAUCCAUGAACAUUGUAAACAUUUCCAUUAUUUAGGUUUUCUUUAAUUUCUCCCAGCAAUGUGCAGUUAUUAAUGUAGAGAUUUUACAUAUAUUUUAUUAUAUUUGUUCCUAAGUGUUUGAUAUUUUCAUGCAAAUUGUGUCUUAAAUUUAAUUUUCUAACUUUUUGUUGUGUGUAAAAUGUAUUUGGUAUUUAUAUAUAACCUUGUAACUAAUUAUUUUGCUACAUUCACUUCCCUCCAGUAAAAUACUGAAUGGAGAAGCUGAUGGCAGACAUGCUUAUGUUAUUCUUAGUAUCUCAUUGUUAGAUAUACUUCUGACCUAGGUUUUUAAUAGUAGAACUUUACAGAUUAAGAAAAAAAAUUCCUAUUUUACCAAGAGUUUUGAGCCAUGAAUGAGUGUUGAAUUUUAUUGAAUGAUUUUUCUGCAUCUACUGAGAUGAUUAUAUGGUUUUUAUUUUUUCA